AUGGCGCCUGCAUCCGAAGCCCAAUUCCUUCGGUUCGCAAUACAAUGGGCUAGCAUCGCUCUACUCUACUACGACUAUGCCUUGACUUUCCCACACGAAGUCAAGUAUAUCUGGCGAGGAAGCAAGCGCAGAUUACUCGUCUUCUUGUACAUCUGCUGCCGAUACGCUCUGUUGGCCAACGUGCUAUACCUUCUUGCUAUAUCCGACAAGUUCGGUGGACCUAGUGCUUGCGAUGCUGCAUAUAAGGCGCUCGGUGUGAUGAGCGUGCUGGGACGCGGAGCAAUCAUAUUCACCUUUCUAGCCCGGGUAUAUGUUGUGUGCUCCAGAAACAAGAUCAUCCUUGGAGGUCUGGGCGCAAUCGCGGCAACGUGCGUCGUUCUUGAUGUGAUGCACGUUCCCGGACUCAGAUGUUCAGGCUCAUCCUCGAUCAAGAUAGUGGAAAGACUGUUGUCCAUACUGAUCUGCGUUUUCGAGUUCUUCGCUGCAGUAAUCAUAUUCUUCCGAAGCAUGCAAGCCCUUCGAUUGAGCGGCGCGCCACUGUGGAUGACUCGGGAUACAUUCAGCUAUCUUGUUGUCGAACAGGAUGUAUUAUACUUCGCCUUUAUCUCGAUCUUCACUACUGGAACCACGAUCCUCAACUUUCGCGCGCCUACAGCUUUCAUACAGCGCCUUUUGAACGCUUUGACCUUGCCAUUAUCUGGUCUACUCACCGCGCGUUUCAUCCUGCGCCUCCGCGCCUAUCAUGGGCGCAGGAUGGGGAACGGCUCCGUGGAUCUCGCCGUCCCUAUCUCCACUUUCGAGAUCGCAACAGACGGGGAUCAACACAUGCACACGAUAUUCACCGAAUUUGGGGAGGAUCCUGUGUUGACGGUCGCGCAGGUCGCGAACGCACGCCAGAGACGACAUUCGGCCCACGGUUUGCGUUUUGCCGUCGGCCCUUAUACUAAGAAAGGCAGCACCACUCAACAUCGGGGCUACUUGUGA